AUGGUAACAGCAAUGGAUUUCGCUCUGCAACACAAAGGCCAGCUAGCCAUCGUCACAGCAUUGGUUGUCUACUCUGCCGCCAAAAACAAACUGACACCAGGCGGCAUCAUAGCUGCAUCCGUGACAGCGGCAAUACACAUGGCACAUCCCUGGGGAGUCUUCUUCAACCUCCUCGUAGGUUUCUUUAUUGCCGGCACUUUGGGAACANAAGGUACGUGUUUCAUGACUCUUCUCUUGCAUCCUCGGGCUUGGGAUGAUAUCAACCACACGACCAAGGCAACUCUUACUCAGUCAGCAACUGGGGGUGUGGGAGGUGAAGGUGCACGCAACUACGCUCAGGUGUUGGCCAAUUCUGGCGCUGCGUCGCUCUUGAUUCUAUGGCAUCUAUAUGCCUCGCAAGAGGGUGUCAGUCUGAAGAACGAGUUUAGCUUGACUGAUGCUAUACCUUUUGGUAUCGCUGCCAGCGAACUUGGUAUCCUCUCGCCAACUUCUCCUGUUCUCAUCACAGCACCAUGGCGCAGUGUACCUCGUGGAACCAACGGCGGAGUCACCUUUACUGGUCUGCUCGCCGGUCUUGCAGGUUCUGUAUUCAUCUCUACCCUUGCCUACUUCAAUCUGCCCUUUUCUCGAAUGGCAUGGACCGGAGACUCAAAGUUCCUCUUCUGGGUUGCAUUGACAGUUGCGGGCUUUAGUGGUACAUUACUGGAUUCGCUGUUGGGUGCACUGGUCCAAGCAACAGUAGAGGACAAGAGCAGCGGUAGAGUUGUCGAAGGAGAUAAUGGCAAGAGAGUCAAGGUUACUGCAGGAGGCAGUAGAGUGCAAAGAGGCAUGGAUCUGCUCAACAACAAUGGUGUCAACUUCGCCAUGGCGGCUACAGUUGCUGCUGUCGGCAUGGCUGUGUGGAACUCAAUGGUGCAGAACGUUAUCCUGGCCUAG